AUGAUGUCUUCUCCCCAACAGGUUCUUGAAUCAGCAUUAGACCAAAGCGGCUUAAGGGUUACACCAGAAGUAGCAGAAGACAUCCUAAACCGAUUCAGGAACGCUGGUUUAUUAGCAUACAGAUUCUUCCAAUGGUCUGAAAAGCAACGUCACUAUGAGCACAGCGUCCGUGCCUACCACAUGAUGAUAGAGUCCACUGCCAAGAUAAAGCAGUACAAGCUCAUGUGGGAUCUCAUCAACUCAAUGAGGAAGAAGAAGAUGUUAAACGUGGAGACGUUUUGUAUAGUGAUGAGGAAGUACGCGAGGGCGCAGAAGGUUGAUGAGGCGGUUUAUGCUUUUAAUGUGAUGGAGAAGUAUGAUUUGGAGCAGAAUCUUGUUGCUUUUAAUGGGUUGUUGAGUGCUUUGUGUAAGUCUAGGAAUGUGAGGAAAGCUCAGGAGAUAUUCGAGACGAUGAGGGAGAGGUUUGUGCCUGACUCCAAAACUUAUAGUAUAUUGCUUGGAGGGUGGGGGAAGGAACCAAACUUGCCAAAGGCAAGAGAGGUUUUUAAGGAGAUGGUUAAUGCUGGUUGUGAGCCUGAUGUGGUGACUUACAGUACAAUGGUUGAUAUAUUCUGUAAAGCUGGACGUGUUGAUGAAGCUCUUGGGGUUGUGAGAAGCAUGGAUUCAAGGAAUUGCAAGCCGACGAGUUUCAUUUAUAGUGUGCUUGUGCAUACUUGUGGAACAGAGAAUAGGCUUGAAGAGGCUGUUGAUACGUUUCUAGAGAUGGAGAGAAGUGGGAUAAAAGCCGAUGUAGCGGUUUUCAACUCGUUGAUAGGCGCGUUUUGCAAGGCUAAUAAGAUGAAGAAUGUGUAUAGGGUUUUGAAAGAGAUGAAGAGUAAAGAUGUGACGCCUAACUCAAAGUCAUGUAACAUCAUUCUACGCCAUUUGAUAGAGUGUGGAGAGAGAGAUGAAGCGUUUGAUGUGUUUAGGAAGAUGAUUAGAGUGUGUGAGCCAGAUGCAGACACGUACACGAUGAUGAUAAAGAUGUUUUGUGAGAAGAAGGACAUAGAGACUGCUAAUAAAGUGUGGUGGCGGAUGAGGAAGAAGGGUGUGUUUCCGAGUAUGCAUACGUUUGCUGUUCUUAUUAACGGGUUGUGUGAGGAGGGUAAUACUCAAAGGGCUUGUGUUUUGUUGGAGGAGAUGAUUGAGAUGGGGAUGCGACCAUCAGGUGUGACGUUUGGGAGAUUAAGACAGUUGCUUUUAAAAGAAGGCAGAGAUGAUGUGAUUAAGUUUCUUAAUGAGAAGAUGAAUCUUUUGGUCAAUGAGCCUUUGUGUGAUUGACAACAAGCUGGUUCUGAACGUUUGGUUUUGUCUCUGAUUGGCUUAAGAUCCAUUUCAAUUGUUGUAAAGUUGUAAUUGAAGUUGAAACCAGUAGAUUGUUACGUUUUAGAU